CAUGGGACAAGCAUUAUGUCCUUGUAUGUUUACGAGAAGAUAUACAAUAAGUAAAGCUGGAAAGAGUUCAUGGUCGAAAGAAACUAGAGGAGAUGUUACAACAUCGCCGACGUCAAUGGCUUUAGGAAAGCAUACGGAUGAUAAUGCUAAUAGUAUGUCAAUUUUAGGAGAGAACUCUAGAAAUGGGCCAAUUAAGAAUAGUAAUACUAAAAAUGAAACCGGAAAAGACCCUGCUGCUCAGGCAGCCUCUUUAGAAGAUCGUCAAUAUAAUAAUAAAGCUUUCCAGAAACCAGAUAUUGAUCCAAGCAAUCCACAACAACAAGAUGCAGCGCUCAAAAUACAGACUUCGUAUAGACAAUACAACGCUAAGAAGGUUGUUGACACUAAACGACAAGAAAAAGCAGCAACGAAGAUUCAGUCUUCUUAUAGAGGCUAUCAUGAUCGUCAGGUUGUUAAAGAGCUCAGGGAGAGUAAGGCAGCGGAAAACUCUCAACGCGACGCUGAACCAGAUGUUGAACCAGUUACUGAACCAGAAGCACCAGUAGACUCAACUGACGGAGAAACAGCUAAAAUCCAGUCUGAGGAUAAAGUAGACGAAGAACAGGCUCAAGGUGAUGAGGUAGGUGGAUUUUUUAACUUUGUCCCUUUUUGGUUCCAUCCUGUUUUCACCCUACUAAUUGAUAUUUUAAUUGGAUUAAAAAAUCAUAAACGAUUAUGUGAAAAAAUUUCCUCAGCCCCUCCCCUUAAGUAA